AUGAGUACACGCAGGGCCUCCCUGCUCCCUCGGGAUGUGGUGACUCCGAAGGAGUUGCAGCUGCGGAUGACUCCUUCGGAGCUGAAGUUUCAGGACACGAUGGCGGGGAAGGUGUACCGCCAGUCAAUGACUAUUCACAAUCUUGGCCGCACCAACCAGAAGAUCCGGUUUCUCGAGCCGGUCAAGCCACAGUUUAAAGUGAUUUUGCCCAGUAUGGAUAAAGAACUUGCUUCAGGACUUCAGAUGACAGCUAUGGUGGAAUAUCAUCCUAAUAAAGAUGAAAACACUUUUGACCAACUAUGUAUUGUAGUAGGAAACAAAGCAGUAGAGAUCCCUCUUAUUGGGUUGAUUCCAACCUGUCAAUUGGAAAUUGAGCCAGAGGUUGAUUUUGGCACUGUGGUUGCCAAUAGCAAAGUAUAUUGUAAAGAGAUUAAAAUCACUAAUCAUGGCAAGGUUAAAGGUAUAUUUACCAUAGAAUACCAGGGCCAAUUACCAAUUGCCAUUUUUCCAACUGAUGGUAUUGUGGAGCCCAUGUCCUCAACGACUGUUAAAGUGGAUUUCUGUGCAGACCAGCUCAGAGUUGUAAAUGAAGUGGCAAAAGUGAUAUUGGAAGGUCAUCCAGAAAUACUCUUGAAUAUCAAAGUUCAUGUGGUUGAGCAGAUUUUUGAGCUGUUAAACGAGAAUAAUACAAAGGUGGAAUGCAUAUACUUCGGCUCUGCUUACUUUGGAACAUCAAAGAUUAGACAUGCAUAUCUAUACAACAAUAGCCCAGCAUCUGUAAAUUGGGUGGCUAUAAUACAAAAUGAUUCAGUUGGAGAAGAAUUGGGUACGAAUAUUCAACAAAGAACAGAUGUUGCUAUAAAUAAUCUUGCCUACUUAAGACAAAUAAGGAACAUAGAUAUUACCACUUUUAUGGCCUGUUUUCCUAAUGAAGGGAGUUUACUACCUUAUGAAAAGAUUAAAAUUACAUUUUGUUUCAGCCCAAAGCUAACCGGUGAUCAUACAAUGGAUGGCGAUCCUUCACACAGGCAAGACUAUGUUGUCUUUCUGAGAUUUGACACUGUAGGAAGUAAGGAUGGGUUUUUGAGAGAUGAUAACACUAAAGCCAUCAAAACUGAUCGAUUUGAGAAAUUGGAAUUAGCCCUGACGGGCUCGGGACUUCCUGUUGUAUUACAGUUUGAUUCAGGAAAGAUUCUUAAUUUUGCACCUUGUUCCAUGGGUGAGCAGUCAGAGGUUUCGUUUACUAUGGAAAAUCUAUGCAAAUCACUUCCUGUGAUAUACCACUUUAAAAAAAUUGCAAAUUUUAGAAUUGACCCUGAAAGAGGCAAGGUUGGUGAAGGAUGCAUGCAGAAAGUGACAUGUUCAUUCAUCCCACAUCAAUUUGGAGUCUUUAAAGUGAAGCAGUUCAUAGAGAUUAUUGGCCUAGUGGCAGAUGAAAAUUUUCACUGUUUAUCACUAAAACCUUUUCAUCAAAUAUACUUAGUCUUCAAAAGUACCUGUGUACUUCCUGCCAAGAAAACUGUGAUGAAAAUUAAUCGUGGCAUACCCCCUUUGAUCAGUAGUCCUACGGAACAGAUUAUGGGCAAAGAUUUGGCAAAAUACAAGGAACAGGCACCUGUUACGGUGCUUCCACCAGUAGCAACAACCCUUCACAUUGAUCAGUUCAGUACAGAUUCAGUGACGGAGGUGCUGCUACCCGUUCCCAAUGACCAAGCUGCAAGUGCCGGGCCUAGAAAGCAGGAUGAACAUUCCAGGACAACUUUCCCAAAGAUUCCAAGACAGAAGUAUGUGGAUCCUGAAUAUGCAUAUACUGAUUCUGAAAUAUUAAAAAAGAAAGCACAUAAUGACUAUUACAAAACAUACAUUGAACAUUUAAGAAAUGUGCGCCUGCAGAAACAAGCAGAAAGGAAAGAUGAGUAUUCACAUGACGAUAAUGACACAGGAGAAGAGCCAAAGUCAGGUCUAAAGUCACCGUCACUCUCACAAUCGGAAAUAGAAGAGGACCUACCUGUAGUAGAGAGUGAGCCCAAACCUUACCAACUGCUAUGUACCAGAAAUAUAGAAUCCAGGGAAGUAGAGGCUGUGGAAAGAAAGGUCCUAGAUCAACUUAAAUCGAACCCAUCUACACCUGAGGAAGAACAUGACUGCAGCUUAAUUUUGACACCAAGGCAAAUUCAUCAAGUAAUUGUUGGGCCCUCUGUCCUUAAUUUUGGCGAUGUUUGUGUGAACUCCAUGAAUACUCAUCACCUGCAUGUUGUUAAUAUGCUACCUAGGCAUGUUUUGAUCAAGUUAGAUGUUAAUUUGAAAGAACUUCAGAAUACCAAACAAUUUUCAUAUGUGAUUCCACCUUCAUCCAGUACUUAUGUUUCAAUAAUAUUUCAGACUCCCACCACUGGAAAAUAUUGGAAGUCUUUCACCUUUACAGUGAACAAUAUACCUGGUGGGCACCUCCUAGUGAUGGCCAUUGUCAUGCCAGUAAGACUUGAGCUAUCUUCUAACGAGCUUGUGUUAAAACCACGUGGCUUCUUACUGCAAACAUAUUUUAGGGAGACGGUUAGGUUGUAUAAUCAUCAGAAUUAUAUUGUUUACUUUGAAUGGAUGCCACUAAGCACAAAAAAAGGAAUAGCGUUUUCUAUUUUUCCAGUAAAAGGCACUGUUGAACCAUUCUCUUCAUUGGAAUGUGAAGUAACAUGGCAUCCGGGCUUUAGUUCUCCAGAAACGGGAGGAUUUAUUCUUCACGUUGAUGAAGGAAACACACUGACACUAAAAUGUGUUGUAAAAGUGGGUAGCGCCAAGGUUUUAUCUUUGGAGUCAAAAAUACUCUUUUAUGAUAGCCCUCAAGGUUUGACAACUUGGAAGAAAGUUAUUCUUCAAAAUGUGGGACAAAACCAUGCUUUUUACAAGGUUUGCAAAAAGAGUCUUUUGCCUACGAUUGAUAUUGUUCCACCGGAAGGAAUAAUUCCGUUUGGGGGGCUGACUUCUCUUUAUAUGUCCUUUACACCUUCCGCGACAGAUAAAUUUGAAACAAAAGCAAAGAUUGCUAUUCGCUAUGGAAAUGACAUAAGCCUCAGGGUUGCUGGAAGUGCUGAAGUCGCUGAUGUUGAAAUCAAACCGAACGUAUUUUUCUUCAGUGGAACCUUUGUUGGUGGUACCCAGACUAUUCCAUUUUUAGUAAGAAACAAAACUAUAACACGUGUCAGGGUGGAGUUUAAUCUAGAAGGCCAUCAACAUUUUUCAAUGAAGUUUAAAAAAAGAUCAGGGAACUACACAGACCCUUCAUUUCCUAAGCUGUAUUAUGUAGAGUUAGAGGGAAAGAAAUCUACGGAAGGUGGCAUGAUAUUUUCGCCCGAUGAAGUGAGAGUGUAUGACUUUGUCUUUCAAGUUCGAAUUAAUUUCUACGAAUCUUCAGAACUUUACACUGAAUAUCAUUUGUUAAACUCUCCUAUAUCUCCAAACACAGUACCACUGAUUCAACCAUGUUAUGUUCAAGCUGUUGUGUUGCAAGCACCAUUGAAAUUAUCCAGCAAUGAAUUUAUAUUCGAUGUCCUGCCACAUACUGUGAAUCGCAUGGAAAAGAUCACAAAAGCAAAGGAGCUUGUCUUUCGUAAUUUGUCAAGAAAAACUGUGGAUUGGGCUUUGGAUAUUAGGGAAACUGGCAACCUUUUCAAAGAUGGCACAUUCAAAUUUAGUGAGCUGAGUGGGACUCUACAACCAUAUGAAAAGUGUACUGUUUCCAUAAUGUUUUGUCCACGUCAUCAUAAAAAAUACACAGCAAAUGUUCCUGUGCGUUUAAAUGAUAACCCAACUUGCUAUCAAAUGAUUCAUCUGGUUGGGGAGAUAAAAUUACCCACAUUAUUGUUUGACCCUCCAGGCGCAUUUUUCACCCCUGUUCCUUUGGAGGUAUUAACUAUGAAGGCUAUCAAGAUUUUACCUCAAAAUUAUUACAGAGAUGCAACUUUAAGUGUCCUGAUUCCCCCAGCAAAGUUUGAUGAUGACGAUGAAGGUGAGGAGGAAGAGGAGAAGGAGAGGCUUCAGCCGCUUUCUGUGCAGUUUCCCAAAGGCACUACCAUCAAAGCCUCUCCCAGCGGAAUCAGCACUGAGAUCAUUUGCUACCUUAGCUUCCUGUCACGUAAACCUGUGUCGUUUAUCACCAGUAUUGUUUUCUGUGACAACAGAGGUAACGGGUUUUCACUUCCAGUUACUGCAACAGCGGAAAAUUGUAUUCUAACUAUUUACUCAUAUAUGGCAGCUCAUGUUGAUACGGAAAACCUUGUUUUAAGUGAUGGAAUAGAAACACCAGCUGAAAUAUUGAACUCAGAUGAAAAUGGAACAUCAAAGGAAGAAGGUGCUAAAUCAAUGGAAGCAAAGGAAGAAAAGAAGCAUUUUUGUCCUGAACCAGGAACAGAUAUGUACUACCACUUUCAGAAGGUUGUAAGUGCAGCUCAGACCUGGUUCAGCCUCUUCGGCUGGCCUGAAGGACCACAUUCAUUGUCUAUCCCAGUGACUAUAAGAAGGGAUGUGAGUAAAAUGGAAAGCCGCGCAUCAGGCCCAUCACGCGAAGACACCACUAAAGCGAGUAACUCUUUAAAAUAUAAUAAAACCAUUUAUGAUGUGAUACAACACUUGAGUGGAAAAAUGCCUGAUGGAAUUCAUCCUAGUCAGUCUUUACCUACAGAUUGCAAUGAAAGAGUGAUUCAGCUUUAUAAGCAACAUGCCUCAGUUCUUGACUUUCUCAGUGCUCAUGGAGCAUGUCUUUCUCACGUACUGCCGGAAUUUCUGUUUGAACCAGAAGAUUAUAAGAAGUGGAUUCAAAUUAGAGAAAAGCAUUAUUUUACUAUAGAUAUGUCUGACUUUGAAGCCUGGAGUAAACGGGCAUGGACAGACGUAUUCCUUCAGAUAUACAAGGUUCUGAUACUAUCUCAGGUUGUACCACAUACUGGUAAAGAUUUGCCCUCUGGAUAUUUGUAUAAUUCAGCAAAAGUCAAUCCUUGUUUUGAAUAUAGCAAUAUAUAUUCUGAUCCUGAAAGAAUUCUGCUUAGUUGGAUGAACACACAUUAUGAGAAUACCCGACAUGUUAUAUGGGAAAACUGCCGCCAUGGUAAUAUUCCCGGAGAAAGAUGGAUAAUAGAUUUUGACAAAGAUCUUUUAGAUGGCCUUGUUUUUGCCACAGUGUUGGGAGCCUAUUGCCCAUUUCUGAUUGAGCCUUAUUUUGUACAUAUGUACACAGAACCAAAAAAUGAUGAACAGCGUUUUCACAAUUGCCUGUUAGUUGUAAAUAGUCUUCAUGAAAUUGGCCUUAGCAUGGGCAUACAGGCCUCUGACAUCUGGGACCCUAGUCCAAUCCUGAUGCUCAUGCUUUGUGUCUACAUGUACGAAAGACUCCCUGCAUAUAUCCCCAAGGAUUUGAUGACCUUAUAUUGUACUCUACAUGAGACUGUGAUAAGACAGAUUCUGGUGAAAAAUUCAAGCCAGAAAACCUUAAUAUAUAGAAUAUCAAUUAUUGGAAGAGAUGCCGCUGACUUCUCCAUUCAAAAGUCAAGGAGUGUUGUGACAAUUUCUCCAAGAGGCCAAACCAAUAUCAAUGUGCUGUUCACCAGUCGCUUCCUCCAUCCUGCUGAAGCUUCACUGAUGUUAAUUUCAAAAUCUAAAUAUGAAGUAGGGGGCGCUGCAAUGAUUUUUACUCUUAAGGGCGAAGUCCACAAAUUUCAUCCUGUUAGCAUGAUAAAAUGCAGAACCCCAUGUUAUAAAUGUAAAGACCUCACUGUGAAGGUUACAAACCCCUUCAAUACUGCUGGCGACUUCAAAGUCAUUUUAGUGGAAUCCUCAACAUUUCUGACCUUGACAUCGCAAUUAAAUUCAUCUAGACAAUUCAUUAGCCAAAAGAACGAGAGUGAUGGUGCUGAGGACAGUUGUGGAGCCCCCCAAAUCUUUAAAACCUCAAUUAGGUCCAGUCUCAUGAGAGAGUUCUUCUCCCCCACAACUCUCCACUUAAAAGCGAAAGGGAUUUCCGACAUGGCAAUCUCCUUUGUUCCCUUCGACCUGCAGACGCGCUACUGUAUUAUCAUCCUCAGCAACAGAAAGAUUGGAGAAUUAAUAUACGCUGUGGAAGGAAAAGUUAAGAUCCCAUCGCCUUCCAGCCUACCUGCAAUGACUUCCUUAUCUUCAUAUACAAAUAAGCACAUAUAUUCUCCAGAAGUGGUUAAUCGGAAAGAGUCAGUUCUGUAUUUGAAAUGCAAACCCAGAGAAGUAUUGGAUAUAGACCUCAUAUUGCCACUGACUAAUGAAGCCAAGGAAAAGGCAUUGGCUUUCGCAGCACAAAGGCAGAUGACUGAUGUGGAGUAUCAGCGAAGACGGAUCACUGGCACUCUGGAGAGCAGUAGCAUCCGCGUGGCCAUCGCCGUCCUGGGGCUGACCAGACUUGAGACUUCUAGGCUCUUUAAUAUCUCAAAGUUGAAGCAGCCUAAGUCCAUUUUAUACCUGACGGAAGUGAGCCUUCCAGCAUAUUUUGAAAUCCCCAAGAAAAUCUCCAUUCCUCAGUAUCCGGAAAUUCAGGCUGAGGGACAUAAACCUGCAAAUAAGAAAGUUCCAGAUGGAUCUUUUCUAGUUCAUUUACGAUUUGCUCCUUUGUAUCCUGGACGCUACCCUUGUCGAAUUUUGUUGGUAUCAAACUAUGACGUGCGUCAGUAUUACAUCGAAGGUGUGGUAGGUGAGGCCACUCCAGAAGGUGGAUUUAAAUUUGAAUCACCCACAUUUCAACCCCUUACCCAGAAGAUUCCAAUAGGUAAUGAAACAUGGAAGGAAUGCAAAUAUCGAGCGUUUAUAGAAGGAGAACGGUUUUUUGGACCAUCUGAUGUAUCUGUUGGACCACGCCAAACUUUAGAGUAUCCCCUCACAUUCAAACCUCUUUUGCCAUGUGAAGUUAUGGCCAAACUUAUUCUACAAAAUAAAAAAGAUGGUACAGAGCAUGCCAUUGCCUUGAAAGGGGUUGGCAAAAGACCUGUGGCCUUGGAACACAUUGUGGCAAACUGUAAAGUGGGGAUCCCAGAAGAUAGAAUCGUAAGGGUGCCCAAUUAUGCAAAGAACACGGUAACAUACAAGGUAUCUUCAGAUCUUCCAAUACUGUGGGGAAAUAGACACGUCACCGUAGCUCCUUUUAGUGCAGUUCCUUAUGCUCUACACAUAAGCUCUGGGAAACGUGGUGUAUUCAAAGGUAAACUUUCAUUUUUCAUUAAAAGCAGUGAACAUGAUGAUUCUGACAAUGACUCAGAUAAAAAUCAAGAUCAAGAGCAAAAACAAAGUCAAAAUCAAUUUUUAGUACCUAUUCCUCAGAAAGCAAUGCCAAAACUAUACCGCGAGCCUGAUAAGGAAGAAUCAGAUAGCAAUGGAAAUUUACGACUCUGGUAUGAUCUUGAGAUCCAUAUCCAUCCUGAGGAACCUGUAAACAUUAUUGAAAUACAAUGUGUUGCUAUGGAGACUGUUUGUUUUGCAAUACCUCUUUGUAAUAUAAAAGAGAUGAGUCUUAACAUAGAAGUGGUAUUUUCAACUCCCGCCCUUAGUGGACUCAAGGAAUUUGUGAUGAAUCCACAAGAUUCUGUUGACUAUGCUGUAUGCUAUAGUCCAUCGACUACAGGCUGUAGAAAAGAAAGCAUUAUUUUUCAGCCUGAUAACGCUCUAGAGUUCUGGUAUUUACUGAAAUUUGUUGUCGAAUUACCAAAGCCAACCACAAUGCCAGAAGUGCAGUGUGACCUUGGAAAGUAUGUCAUUCAGACAAUUUCUUUAGCUAAUCCUACACAUGAAACCUUAACAUUGCAAGUAGAAAGCAGUAAUCCUGAUAAUUUUAUCUUGGAUUCUCACGAACCACCACUGACUAUACCGCCUUACUUUACUGAAAACAUACCUAUUCGCUUUCGUCCUUCUGUUCUUGGCAGAACUGGUCAACAAGGUUGUAUUAAUUUCUACUGUGAGCAGUUUGAAGAAUGGAAGUUCUACCUUUCUGGAGUAGGACUAUUCCCCCAGCCUCUUGAAGUAGAAAGAAUGACCACAUUCCUUAAUCAAGUAGCAACUACUGUUAUACUUUUCGAAAAUCCUACUGAGGAAGAUGUUUUUAUCAAUGUCAUACUAACAAGUCGGAAUAUGCCCAAGAAUCUGUCCCUUGGCAUUAAGUGCGACAGCUUCCUCAUUGAGACUUCUGUCUUCAGGCUUGGUUUGAGUCGCACAAAAGGAGUAGCAGUGCCUCCUAGAGAGAUUAUUUAUAUUCCAGUGCAUUUUACUCCCAGAGUUAUAAAAUUAAAGAAAACAAUGCUCGUUGUUCAAAUGAUGAGGGCAAAUGGAAAAAAGUGGCCUAUUGACAAUUUUGAUGAAUUGAGCACAGAGAUGAAAAGACUUAUGGAAGUAGAGAGUGGAGAAAUCCAAGCAAUACGAUGGAUAUACCCUAUUAUUGGACUCCCGGAGGCAAAACAUGAAGAAUUCGUUCCUGUUGUCGUAGAGUGUCCCGCCAGGAAACAGAUAGAAAAGAACCUGGAAGUCUCACUGACUGGUGAUUUUUUUGGAGAGCAUCCUAUCAUAUAUGUAUCAGAUUUUGUCGUGAUUCCAAAAAGUCGUUCAUACUCAUCUUAUGAAGAUAUUGAUGUUUUACCGAUAAAACGUGAAUUUGAAUAUGAAAUUUUAUAUAAAUCUGAAGAGGUGAAGUCUUACUUGGAGCCCUUUGUGUCUAUAUAUUUGAGGACGAGAUCUUACAAUGUCAAGACUCAGACGAUAACAUUGGACUUCAAUGUGAUAUUUUCACCAAAGAGACCAUUGAGGACUCAAAUUAUACUGAGAAUAGAGUGCAAAACGGAUGGGGUCUGGAACUUUCCCAUAACGUUAAUUGCUGAUGACCCUGAAGUGGAUGGUGUCAUUGAUAUUGCAGGGAUUGGUUUACUGAAGGAAUCUGUUAUUACGUUCUGUCUGUCAGGUCAGAAAAGAUGUCCUGAUCCAUUCACUGCAUACUUCCUACCUGAGAGUGACCCUGGGUUUUCCGUAAAACCUCAGUCCGGAGAACUUCCUCCUUAUGGCGCUGAUGGAAUUCCCAUCUCCGUGGGUUUUACACCCGUAAUAUAUGGUAGAAAAUACAGAGCAAAAUUAGUAAUACAGACAUUGGAUAUGUACCGUUUGUAUCUUGUCAAUGGAGUUCCUGAAGCCAUUAUGCCACCAAGGAAUGUAAAAGCCAAAAUUGACACAACUAACAAGAAUUUGGACAAAAAGCAAAUUAUCCGGCACAAUUUUGUCAUUGAAAAUACUAAUAUCAUAAGGACAGGGGUGUCCUCUCCCAUCAAGGGUGCUCCUUUGAUGUUGAAGAAAAAAUAA